GCCCAGAGCAAGCAUGGCUUUUGCCCAGUCGCACAUUAUGAUGGCUCGAAGGCAUCAACACAGUAGACUCAUAAUUGAAGUGGAUGAAUACAGCACGAACCCGACACAGGCGUUCACGUUCUACAACAUUAAUCAGGGACGUUUCCAGCCCCCACAUGUGCAAAUGGUGGAUCCUGUACCACAUGAUGCUCCCAAGCCUCCAGGAUACACAAGAUUUGUCUGUAUAUCUGAUACUCAUUCUAGAACAGAUCCAAUCCAAAUGCCAUAUGGAGAUGUCUUAAUACAUGCUGGUGAUUUCACUGAACUGGGACUUCCUAGUGAAGUUAAAAAAUUCAAUGAGUGGUUAGGCAGCCUGCCAUAUGAAUACAAGAUUGUGAUAGCAGGCAAUCAUGAAUUGACAUUUGACCAAGAGUUCAUGGCAGACUUAAUCAAGCAGGACUUUUACUAUUUCCCCUCUGUAUCCAAGCUGAAGCCAGAGAACUAUGAGAAUGUACAGGCCCUCUUAACAAAUUGCAUUUACCUGCAAGAUUCAGAAGUGACAGUCAGAGGCUUCAGGAUAUAUGGCUCCCCUUGGCAACCUUGGUUUUAUGGCUGGGGCUUCAAUCUUCCACGAGGCCAAGCACUCUUAGAGAAAUGGAAUCUCAUUCCAGAUGGAAUCGAUAUUCUUAUAACACAUGGACCACCGCUUGGUUUCCUAGAUUGGGUUCCCAAGAAAAUGCAAAGAGUGGGGUGUGUUGAGCUGCUGAAUACAGUCCAGAGGCGAAUACAACCUCGUCUUCAUGUUUUUGGACACAUCCAUGAAGGGUAUGGCGUUAUGGCUGAUGGAACCACAACGUACGUGAAUGCCUCUGUGUGCACCGUUAAUUACCAGCCACUCAAUCCUCCUAUAGUUAUCGAUUUGCCUACUCCGAGGAACACUUGAUUGU